AGUGACGUCGACAAGCUAGCUCAGCAGCAGCCACCGAUGCUACUCCAGCGUCGCGAAUUGACAACAAUUUCUCGAUAAAGUCAUCUUUUUGUGGGACAACAAUCAUGGUUUCUCACUCCUUCGCCUUGCCGAUGAUCUGCUUUACCACGCUGUGGGCGCUGGUGGGGGUCGUGGCUCCCUUUUUAGUGCCAAAAGGGCCGAAUCGAGGCGUCAUCGUCACCAGUUUGAUCCUAACCGCCAUCUGCUGCUACCUGUUCUGGUUGAUAGCCAUCCUCGCUCAGAUCAACCCUCUGUUUGGCCCUCAGCUGAAGAAUGAAACCAUUUGGUACCUGCGCUACUUCUGGGAGUAGACCAGUGAUCUGUCCAUCUUCUCCCUAAUUUCAACCUCGACUUCAACGUAACUCCCAACACACACACAAAGUGGAGAUAUGCGUGUAAAAUGAAGACUAAUGUACAGUUGAUGGUGUUUAGUCAGUGGAAUAGUGUAAAAUGUGCAAUGCUACAGUAGUUUCAUGUUUCUACUUGAAUAAGGAAGGAGUAUUUAUUGUCUGUUUAUUUAUUUGGGCCUGUAAUGCCCUCAGUGUCCACAUGGUGGUGUUACUUAACUGAUGUGUAUGAGGAGCUGAGCCCCUUCCCUCGUUACCAUGGUGAUCUUCCCCCUUGUGUGGAAACCUUGCUUACACUUAAUUUGGACGCGUGUCAGUAAUAAUUUAAUUAAGUAAUAAUUGGUAUUGUGUAGACCUCGAUAUUUAUUUAAGACGCAGUAAAGGAGUCCUGGAUGGCGCGACCCGGCUCCAUUCAGCACUAGCUGCGAGCCACUACCACAACAGCUCCCCCUCGCCCCGCUCUUUUUCUUUUCCUCCUUGAUUCCACUAUGCUUCAGCCAAAAAGAAUGAAAAUCAAUAUACAGCUACUUUUUACAAAGACCAAAUUACGUUGUACCUUCUCUGUCCGGUUGUGGUACUGGCCUGCACCCGGGAACGCCUGGACCGGGGUCCUCCUUUUGUCGCUUGUGUCCCCCCCCCCCCGGCACGUUUUGUUCAAAUGACGGACGUCGUUCAAGCUUUGUCGCGUCUGAGAGCGACCAAUGUCUGUCCGCCAAUGGAAAAUUAAAGGAAGGCUGCCAAAAAAUUACAAUUGUCAGUUUGGACUAGGACUGGGCGAUAUGGCCUUUUUUUAAUAUCUCGAUAUUUUUAGGCCAUGUCACGAUACACGAUAUAUAUCUGGAUAUGUUGCCUUAGCCUUGAAUGAUAAUAUGUGUCUACAUUAAAACAUUCUUCUUCAUACUGCAUUAAUAUCUGCUACUUUUAAACUUUCAUGCAGAGAGGGAAAUCACAACCAAAAGUGUAUUUAUUAAACAGUUAUUAACAUUCAUGUCAUUUCCGAAACAAAAAGUGCAAGAUUGUCGGAGACAUUUUAAAACAAGCUAUUAGUGCACUUUUGUGCAUGAUGUCACUAAGAUGACAUAUCAAAACAACACUAAAUUAAAGUGCACUUUUUGUACAGAACGCCACUACAAUAGUUUAAAACGGCACUUUUGUGCAUGAUGUCACACAAGAUAUUUCAAUAAGUGUCAAAUAAAAAUGAGCUGCAUAAUAGGAAAUCAAAUAGUGUAUGUCCUUCGCUAUAUGGUAGCUUCCUGCGGACGUUAUCUCCUUCUGUUCUUGACUAUUUUUUCCAUACGGACCCCUGAUCUAGACCUUCCUAGAUGACUGAGUUCUAAGACUGUCUCAAUAAAGAGAGGUGAGUAGAGUUGAAGUUGAACAAGUUUACUCUGCAAAAAAGCAGUAAGUACAAACAAUAGCAAUACCAGCGCCGGAGAGAGGACCGAGCAAAUAUGUAAAAUGGUCGCCCUCCUCGCAUGCUUUUGUCCACCGAGACUGCCAGCCUUGGCGAGGAUCAAAACUGAAAGUUAACCAUUUUGCAGGGAAUAGUCCCACCAGAGUCUUUUCUUGUCUAAAUCGGAGUGUCCAAACUUUUUCCACUUAGAGUUGCAAAAAAACAACAACAUUGCAACUUUUUCGCCUGUUUGCUCUUUUAUUUUAUUAUUGAUAGUUUUCCGCUUAUCCGAAGUCGGGUCGCGGGGGCAGCAGCCUAAGCAGGGAAGCCCCGACCGACCUCCCCUCCAGCUACUUUAUCCAGCUCUUCUCAGGGGAUCCCGUGGCGUUCCCAGGCCAGCUGGGAGUCCUGGGUCUUCCCCCCCGAAACAUCUCUCUUGUUGGGUGGCAUUAUAAACCACUUUUAUAAAUGAACCAUUUAUUCUAGAAAACAGGAGAAAGUACAAAGUGCUGGAAAGAGGACCGAGUCUAAUGCAACUGUCGCCCUCCCUGCAUGCUUUUGUCCACUUAGCCUGCUCCGCCUUGGCGGGGGAUCGAAACUGAAAGUUAACCGUCUUCUCCCGGAGCCCUAAACAAGACCCAGCGCAUGUGUUUGCAAGGUUAGAAAACAGCGGGUGCAUCCAUGUGGUGUAUUCGUGACAUGCAUGAGGAGUCACCAUGGUAACGGGGGUGUCAAUCAAAGCUGUAACCAUACGUUGUUGUUGUUGUUAUUAUUGCCAGUGUAUGUGCGUGACCAAAAGAUGACACCCAUUAAAAAACGUGUCUGGCUCCAC